AUGUUUGGGUUGGGACCAUGGUGGUUCAAUUUUUCGCAGUUUCAUCGAUCUGAAUUGACAAUAGAUAAUUUGGUAUCAGUUCCAUCUCCAUACACUGAAUUGACAAUUUUUGGGACUUUUAAGGCUGCUGAAUUUUUGUCGUUUGUUGGUGGCUGCAUAACACAUCCAAUAUACCGGCUCUUUCUUCUAAGAAACUUAACUCCCGAAACAACCACCAAUAAUUCGGCUAAAAUAAUUAGAAGCAAAUGUCGAAAAAUACAGGGACGAUUUCUUCUGGCAAGUUUUGUUAUUGGACCGUUGAGUACGCUAGCUUAUGUCACUUAUUACUCGUUAGAUAGAAAAGAUGCGAAGGAUCUGUGCUAUCAGAUCAGAUGCAGCGAACAAAUGAUGACUUGGGAUCGCACCGCUAUUUUGCUAGGACUUAUUGGAUGGUAUUGGAAACGUUUUAAAGGAGCUGUUGAUGGAAUAAAUGUUGCAUCAGUCUGCACUGCUUAUUAUUUCACAGUACAAAAACGAUUAACAAAUGCAUUAACAACAGAUAAAAUCAAACCAUGGCAGCGACCAAAAAGUCUCGAGGAAGUCAAAGCAAAGAAUCUCUUCCUAGCACAAAUAGCUGCAGAAGACAGCAAAUCAGUUGGUUCGGCUUCGACUUCAUUGCCCAUGCAAACAUCAUAA